CAGCAGCCUAGGUAGAAUGGACUAGGGUCGCACUAGACGCCGCUCUAUUACUGUGCUAGGCUACGAGAACAAUACGAAUCGAGAAGCUUGUGGUACGAUUCUAGAAUAUUUGGAGCAUAGCAGCGCGUGCUGUACAUGUUAGACAGGGUGCUAACUAGGACUUCCGCUCUAGAGUCUCUUGGAGAGGAAGUCGUCUCUCCCAGGGAGUUGGCAAAUACGUAGAGCUUGCGUAGGAACAGGAUACCAACAUUGAAAGGAAAGAAGUAGAGUACGAAUGGGAAAGUCAAGUCUGUUGCAAGACAUUCCAUGUGACACAUGAGAAUAACUGUUAGACUAAUCGUAUUAGUAGCCUGAGGCUCGGUGACAUACGAGCUAGUUUGAUAAUCUGAGCAUCAACGGUAGGCGGGAUGCUCCCAGACCCUCUCCGCGUUGUCCUGUAAUACGAGAACCGGGUACGACGUCCGAGAGCUGGUACGAGGCUAAUGGAGCUCGUCAUUUUGCUGUUUGUUGUGGGGACGUUCACGUAUUCAGACAGCACAAAAUGUAGCAGCAGCGCUGCUCGUCCAAGACGUAAUGCUAUUGCCGAGACAGUAGAAGAAUCGUUGAAGAAGGAUUCGACUUUGACACAGCAGGGCACUAAUACGUUGGUGUCCUAUGGCCUUACUCACUCAAGUAACGUUUUGUACAACCAGUGGCUUCACAGCGACGAUGUGCCUUCGUUGCCAGUCGUCAAGGGCAUGUUUGGCUAUGCAGCUGCCCGUCUUGUUUACGUACCGAAUCGAUCUACUCAUGAACCUCAACCAAUUGAAAUGCUUGUCGUGCAUGGUGGACGAGUGAGUCGAGCAACAUAUCGCGUAUACGACGACUUAGAGACAGAAGUUUCUGAUCAAAUUCAGUUUUUUAUGUUUACCCUCAACACUGGUGUUGAAGUGCCAAUCAGUGUGGGCAGUAGUGAUGGAUCUCCAGGAGGGCGAUAUUUGCAUACGGCCGUGUCUUUUCCGACUCUAGCGACUGGUGGUCGCCCCGUUGUUUUCUAUGGUGGUCUAGACAAAGACAGACAAGCUCUGGGAAGUGUGUGGCACCUAGAAGUGAGUGAGAAGAAAAGCGAAGGUCUACACUGGAGCAGCACUGUAGAAGGACCAAGAAGGUGUGGCCAUUCAUCGGUGAGUCUGGGAAAUAACAUGCUAGUGUUUGGAGGCUGUAAUCAGACUAUGUGCAUGAAUGAUGUUCAUGUGUACAAUGUAGUGCAGCAUAUAUGGGUGGAGAUUAAGGGAACAGGUAAAAUUCCCUCUCCCCGUGGAGGCCACAUUGCUAUUGCUAUAGAGCAAGCAAAUCUAAUGUUCAUUCAUGGUGGCAUGAAAAUGCCUUUGGCGAGAGGCUCUCAUACAAACUAUAGUGUUUUCGGAGACACGUAUGUCCUAGACAUGAAUAAGAAGGUGUGGCAACUUCUAGAACUAACUCCGCCUACUAGUUUGACUAUCACCCACGCAGCGUCUGCUUUCUUUCAAUACUCAAAUUACGGUCGUUGGGUUGUGUACGGCAUUGUUGGACAAAGCUUAGACAAUCUUGAUAAAGAAGUGCUAGCGGAGCUGACAAUUCAGCUGUCAGAUGGCUCUAUCACAAGUGGAUGGGACAUAAAAAAUAAGUCGCAUUUUCUACAGUUUCCCAAAGGUAGGAUAAUGACUACAUUGAUUAGUUUUAGUACAAGUACUGGAGACCAAAUUGCCUACAUGAUAGGUGGAGCACAAAACGUGAAAUCUUUACACCAUCAUUUCUAUGAUCCUUUCACUGAAGUAUGGCUGUUGCGACAACGUGAUGGAUUAGCAAAAUCCGAAUGGAUUUACGUGUGUGCCAUCAGCGAGCAUCCUGAACCGAGAGCUGGAUACACCGUCACUGCACUAGGCAGUGGUUCCAUUGCUCUUUUUGGAGGUGUAGUAAAGAAGGUCUCUUCUGGUACUACGUUUGCUGACGGUAGUGUAUGGCAAGUGUUUAUAGAAAACAGAACUGUACAAUCUUGGAAAAAGACGAUUCCAUCUAGUCGAUUGGUUUCAGGAGUUGUCGGUCACUCGUCGGUGUCAGUUGUAUUGUCAAGCAUCUGGUCUAACGACACUGAAGUAACUGGUGCCAACGCAAUUCUUACUUUUGGAGGUUUUUAUUGGGAAACUGAAAGUCUUGAAAACAGACUUAUAAUUGCAGCACCAAACCUUCUUUACUGGUAUGUUUGGUCUCCAAGUAAAAAUCAACCUUGUCCAUGUCCCAGGGCUUUUCAUUCUUUGAUAAUUUACAAUUCGACUUUGUAUCUAUUUGGUGGACUCAGUGAUCUUUCUUCUCUAAAUUUAUCCGCUCUCAAUGAUACUUGGUCGUUACGUUGGUCAGAGAGCUGGACGGAAAGUGCAAAUAUUGAUCAAAAUUGGACUCCUAUAGUAGCAAACGAAUCUUCUCCCCGUAAAAGAUUUGGUCAUUCUGCAGUCAUUUACUACAACGAUAGUAUUGGUGAGGCUGUUAUGUUAGUAUUUGGGGGAACUGACGGUAUGAUGGUGUUUGGCGAUCUGUGGCAACUUGGUCUGUCUACGUUAACUUGGAAACAAUUGCUGCCAUAUCUUCCUGGAGAGCACGCAGAAAACACCAUCAAAAUUAUUAAAGUAUUUGGUCAUUCUGUUACAAUGAUUGGAAACGAAAUGGUAGUCUACGGAGGGUGUAGUCAUUCACCUACAAACAACUUUCUUUCACUUGCCGAAAGCUUACCAUACUGUUCCCACGAUUAUGUGUUAGAUACUGUGGCAUCGUAUGACACUUUAAGUAACAAAUGGACACUUAUUAAUGUUAUUGGAGAUACAAUUCCUAGAUAUUUUCAUUCCACCUUGUUUCAAAAUAGUUUCCUUUUCAUCUUUGGAGGCUUGAGUAAUAAUGACACUCUUUACGACGGAGUAUUUGCUAUUAGACUCGGUUGCAACAGAGGCUACGAAGGCAGUUUUCCGAAUGGUACAUGUGUUCCUUGUCCUACCGGAUAUUAUGGCAACGGCGGAGACGAAAGUUGCCAACUAUGUGACAAACGUUUUACUACUAAUGGUACCGCAAAAUCGUCAAAAUCUGAUUGCAGUAUCUGCAAUGACAACGCUUGUAAACACGGAAAAUGUAAAUUGGAUAAAGAUGGUGAGUUUACUUGUGAAUGUUCUCGUUUUUGGUACCGUGGAAGAUACUGUGACGAUGAAACAGUUAUGAUUAUUUUAGCUGCAUAUCUUACUUCAAUUGGCUUUGCGAUCAUAACAAUCAUAACAAUCAUAGUCAAAAAAUGUUACAAAAAAUGCACUAAUACUACUAAGGCUAGAUCAGAAAAACUAAGACUGGUCUUGGAGACGUUCAAGAAAGCCGUCGUCUAUAUCGACAAUGACGAAAUAGAAAAGAAAACCAAAAUAGGCAAGGGAGGACACGGAACUGUAUACAGAGGUAUGUAUAAAAAUCACAUUCUAGUUGCUGUAAAAGAAGUAAAUACCGAGGAAGAAGAGCUAUUUGGAGAAAAGUUAAGCAAGCCAUUAGUAAAGGAAUGGCAGUGCCUUGCAAGACUCAACAACAGGAAUAUUGUUAAGUUUUAUGGUGGAGGAGGAGAGGCAAAGGACCUUACUUUGUUUCUUGUUACAGAACUUGUUCAACCAGGCGCUUUGACACACGUUCUUCACGAUACACGUACAGACAAUUCAAAUAAAUUUACUGUUCUCUUGACGGACAGAAGGAAAAUGGAAUUUUGUUCUGAAAUUUGGUCGGCCCUGAUGUAUUUGCGUGAAAAACGCUACGUGCAUCGUGACUUGAAACCAGAUAACAUUUUAGUGUGUCUUACUGGAAAGAUAAAAAUUGCUGACUUUGGGAUUGCAAAAAACUUUAAAAAAUUACCAGGACGACUACUACAGAAAAUUUUGUGUACGUCAGACACUUGCAAAGAAGAGAAAGAACCAUUAUUGCAACGUGGGUCCAACGCCAGCAGCGUAAGAAUUCCCAACUGUUACAUGGCACCAGAGCUUGUUCUUAAGAAACCUGAUUUUGAAUGGGCAGAUAUGUACAGCUUUGCAGUUGUUUGUUGGGAAACCAUAGUUCGUAGGAAACCACAUGAUCACUUCAGAGAUAAUCGUCAUACAGAAAACGUCGAGUUCCAAUAUAUUGACGAAGUCAAGGUAAGAGUCUGUUGCAAGGAUAUGAGAGAGGCUGCGAGACCCGACUUGAAGCUGUUGGAAAAACCGAAUUCUGACAGUGAGUAUGGGGUAAAUCCUUCUUUGGUUGAAGAGAUGACAAAAAUACUUAUUGAUUGUUGGAGUACAGAACCUUCCAAUCGUUGCAGAAAAUACAAUACAGUCAGGGCAAACCUGGAGAAACUCAUAAAUGAUUGUCAAGAGUCUCCAGAGGAAACAACGCUCUUUGAAGAAACAUUGAAAGAGUUGCAAACAAAACUGUUAAUUGAUUAAACGAUUGUAUACUAUAGUGCAUGUUUGGGACGAAAUGUUAUACGUGACUUUACCAUACUAACUUCUACUGUCAUGUUAGGCUGCACUUGUUGUCAUCUGUUUAAUUAAAUUUCGUUCUACUACAAUAGAUUCGAAGCAGC